AUGGCGUCCAACAAUGGAACUCCUGUGCCCUCAAAAUUUACAAUCGGUCGAUCAAAUCGACUUUCGCAAACCCCCAAUCUGACUUCGAACAACACGACUUCGAUCCAUUCACACCAGACCACGAAUGCGCCCAGCUGUGUUGAAUGCGGCGUCAAAUGCCCAAACUGCUCGUUCCCGCGAGCGCCGGCGGUGAAGCAUAACGAGAAGAAGAAUGCGCAACUGCCCGAACCCGACUUGGUGUCCAACGAUGAUCGGGUGUCACCUGGAAUGGUGGACUUACCUCGGCCUGACAAUCCGAAUGCGCGCCCCGUUGUCGAUCAGACUGAGAUUGAGGGAGACAAGGAUUGCAGCAAUCUUCACAUGAAGGAAGAAGACAAGAAGGGAGAAAACGAAGACAAAGAUGACGCCAAAGUGGAGUGGUCGAAAUACGUUUCAAAGCGACUCUACAUGAUGGCACGAACCGACCCCUCAUCCAUGACAGCGGCAGAAUUCGAGCAAUUCAAUGAGCAGGGGCUAAAGCAUCAAUACGACAAACACUUCAAUCCUCAUGAGCGAACCUUGUGGGACGACGAAUCUUUGCCCCGGGACUUGACACUAAAGCUCAUCCAUUUCCGCCAACGUAUCGAGCGCAAUGCAGCGGACGCCUUGGAGACAGAGGACAAGGACUUGCAUUGUGAUACCCAAGACUUUGACCGACUGAGGAGCUUCUUGGCUGACCUUCAUAUCGAUGCCUACGAACUUGUCGCCGAAGACCACGAGCGCGAAGUGAAAGAGAUGGAAAAGAUGCAAGAAGCCGUCGAACGUGGCUCAGACACCGAUAGCGUCGCUAUCUCGAACGAGGCCCUGGUCGACCGUGGUCGCAUUGUCCAAUGGCCCCGCACGCGCGAUGCUGAGGCAUCAAACGACGUGGUUGCGCGUGAAAAGGGGGUACCGUGGACUCCUAAGCGUGGCAAGGUGGUGCCAUGGAUCCCCAAGCGCGAUGCUGAGGCAAUCAAGUUUAACAGCCCUGGCGGCCAUCGACGAGAAGCCGAGUCCAUCAAGCGAUCUUUCAACUUGAUAGAAGGUGGCCCGGAUACCGACGGCAUCGCUAUAUCGAAUGAGGCCCUGACCGAACGAGGCCACAAUGUCCCACGGGGAAGCAAGCGCGCCGCGGAGCCGGCAGAUGACUUGGUCGAGCGAGGCCGUGGCUCACGUUGGGGUGGAAGUAAGCGUGGCCUUUCCAGAAACCAGAAUGGAGGAAGCAAGCGAGGCCUUACCCCAGGUCGUGGCGGCAGCCGUCGUCAUGAGGCUGAGCCCAUCAAGUUCAAGAGCUCUACUAGUCAUCGACGAGAGGCCAAGACCAUCCAGCGAUCUCUCAAAAAUCCAGGAGGCGGCAACGUUGAUGAUGCUGAGCGGACCAAGCUCGGCAGCCCUGGCGGUCAUCGACGCGAAGCUGAGCCAGCAAGAUGGGGUGGCACUAGUCGCCGUGAAGCUGUACCAGACACCAUCGAGGCCCGCCAGAGAAUGAGCGCAAGCACUGGUCUUGGCCGCCGACGAGAUGCCAUCCCAGGAUUCGUUCGUCUAGGCAAAGGAAUCCGCCCAAGAAAUGUCACCGCAGAGACAGUCGAGGCUCGUACGAGGUACAGAGGCAACAGCUGUCGUGCUCGAUCGAUGAGGCCAGAGGAUUCAAACGGAUAACUUUCACUUCUUUUAUCGUUGCGAAC